GGGCCUCUUGGCGCUGCCAUGGAGCAACUGACAACCUACCCACGGCUUGGGGACCCUGGAGCCAUGGAACCCUGGGCACUGCCUGCCUGGCAGAGCUGGACUCGGGGCCAGGGGGGCGAACCUGGAGACACAGCCCCGAACAUUGCUGAUACUCCAGAAGCUUUGCAGGUUAGAGAAGUGAGCUCCCAGCCCCAGGGAGCCCAGAGUCUGGUGCCAGUGGUAGGCGCUGACCCUGGAGGAGCAGAGGCUGGGCUGCCCAGCUUGAAGCAGCAAGCAGGGAGCGCUGGAUGUGGCUGCCCAAGGCUGGAGGCUGAGGAGGUGCAGGCUGUGUCUAAGACCAUGCUGGACACCGGCUUUGGGGACCAGCCCAAUCUGGAGCUGUUGAGGGCCCUGGGGGAGCUGCAGCAGCGCUGUGCCAUCCUCAAGGAGGAAAACCAGAUGCUGAGAAACACCAGCUUCCCCGAGACAGAGGAGAAGGUACGGAGACUAAAGCGGAAGAAUGCGGAGCUAGCGGUCAUUGCCAAGCGCCUGGAGGAGCGGGCCCGGAAACUGCAGGAAACCAACUUGAGGGUGGUGAGUGCUCCCAUGCCCCGGCCUGGGGCCAGCCUGGAGCUGUGCCGGAAAGCCCUAGCCCGCCAGCGAGCCCGGGACCUCAGUGAGACAGCCAGUGCUCUGCUGGCCAAGGACAAGCAGAUCGCCGCCUUGCAGCAGGAGUGCAGGGAGCUGCAGGCCAGGCUCACCCUGGUGGGCAAGGAGGGUCGCCAGUGGCUCCAUGUGCGGGACUUCGACCGGUUGCUGCGCGAGUCCCAGCGGGAAGUGCUGCGGCUGCAGAGGCAGAUCGCCCUGCGCAACCAGCAGGAGCCGCCCUCGCCGCCCCCACCGCCCCGGCUGCCGGGCCCCGCUGUCCCCUCCAGAGCAGGGGCGCCGAAGCCGGUGGCCCUGGGAGAGGCCACGCCCCAAGAGGAUGUGGACAGCCCACCCGUGGUGGUAGAGGACCCUGAGAAGCAGCGGAGGGUGCAGCAGCUGGAGUCAGAGCUCAGCAAGAAGCGGAAGAAAUGUGAGAGCCUGGAGCAGGAAGCCCGGAAGAAGCAGAGGCGAUGUGAGGAGCUGGAACUGCAGCUGAAAGAAGCCCAAAAUGAGAAUGCCCGCCUGCUGGAAGAGAACUCUCGGCUCAGUGGCAGAGCCACCAAGAAGGAGCAGGUGGAGUGGGAGAAUGUGGAGCUGAGGGGCCAGCUCCUGGGGGUCACGCAGGAGAGGGACUCAGCCCUUCGCAAGAGCCAGGGCCUGCAGAGCAAGCUGGAGAGCCUGGAGGAGGUGCUGAAGCACAUGCGGGAGGUGGCCCAGCGGCGACAGCAGCUGGAGGUGGAACAUGAACAGGCUCGGCUCAGCCUUCGGGAGAAGCAGGAGGAGGUCCGGAGGCUGCAGCAGGCCCAGGCGGAAGCCAAGAGGGAACAUGAAGGGGCCGUGCAGCUGCUGGAGUCUACCCUGGAUUCCAUGCAGGCCCGGGUCCGAGAGCUGGAAGAGCAGUGCCGCAGCCAAACCGAGCGCUUCAGCCUCCUGGCUCAGGAGCUCCAGGCCUUCCGCCUGCACCCAGGCCCCUUGGACCUGCUCACUUCUGCGCUGGGCUGCAGUGCCCUUGGGGACCACCGCCCACUCCCCUGCUGCUGCUCUACCCCUCAGCCCUGCCGGGCCUCUGGCCCCAAAGACCUUGACCUCCCGCCAGGCUCCCCAGGGCGCUGCACCCCAAAGUCUUCCGAGCCUGCUCCUGCCACCCUUACUGGGGUCCCUCGAAGGACAGCCAAGAAGGCGGAGUCUCUCUCUAACUCCUCACGCUCUGAGUCCAUCCACAACAGCCCCAAAUCAUGCCCUACACCGGAGGUGGACACAGCCAGUGAGGUGGAGGAGCUGGAGGUCGACAGCGUCUCCCUGCUCCCAGCAGCAACGGAGGGCAACCCGCGAGGGUCCAGGAUCCAGGUCUUCCUCGCACGCUAUAGCUACAACCCCUUCGAGGGCCCCAACGAGAAUCCAGAGGCAGAGCUUCCGCUAACAGCUGGCGAAUACAUCUAUAUCUAUGGCAACAUGGAUGAGGAUGGCUUUUUUGAAGGGGAGCUCAUGGAUGGCCGAAGGGGCCUGGUCCCUUCCAAUUUUGUGGAGCGUGUGUCUGAUGACGAUCUCCUGACCUCCCUCCCUUUGGAGCUGGCUGAUUUGUCUCACAGCUCAGGCCCUGAACUCAGUUUCCUGAGCAGAGGUGGGGGUGGCAGCAGUAGCGGGGGACAUAGCCAGCCCAGACCGGAGGAGGAGGAUGCGGGGGACGAGCUCAGCCUGAGCCCCCCGCCGGAGGGCCUGGGCGCUCUUGCGGUGCCUUACCCUCGCCAUCUGGUGGUCCUCAAGCAGCUGGCCCACAGUGUGGUGCUGGCCUGGGAGCUGCCUCCUGAGCGAGUAGAACUCUGUGGCUUCCACAUCUGCGUGAACGGGGAGCUGCGGCAGGCCCUGGGGCCUGGGGCGCCCCCCAAGGCUGUGCUUGAGAACUUGGACUUGCGGGCUGGGCCCCUCCAUGUUUCCGUCCAGGCCCUGACCAGCAAGGGCAGCUCCGACCCUCUGCGCUGUUGCUUGGCCGUGGGUGCUCGGGCCGGGGUAGUACCUAGCCAGCUGCGGGUCCGUCGAUUGACAGCCACAUCUGCGGAGAUCACCUGGGUGCCCGGCAAUAGCAACUUGGCCCAUGCCAUCUACCUCAAUGGGGAAGAGUGCCCGCCUGCUCGCCCCAGCACCUAUUGGACCACCUUCUGCAACCUACGGCCUGGCACACUCUAUCAGGCCCGGGUAGAGGCUCAGCUCCCGCCCCAAGGAGCCUGGGAACCAGGCUGGGAGAGGCCGGAGCAUCGGGCUUCCACCCUGCAGUUCACCACACUGCCCGCAGGCGCACCUGAUGCCCCCCUGGAUGUGCAGAUUGAGCCAGGGCCCUCCCCUGGCAUCCUGCUCAUCAGUUGGCUCCCAGUCACCAUCGAUGCUGCUGGCACCUCCAACGGUGUCCGGGUCACAGGCUACGCCAUCUAUGCCGAUGGACAGAAGAUCAUGGAGGUGGCCUCACCCACAGCAGGCAGCGUGCUGGUGGAGCUGUCCCAGCUGCAGCUGCUACAGGUGUGCCGUGAAGUGACUGUGCGCACCAUGUCGCCCCAUGGCGAGUCGGCCGACUCCAUCCCUGCUCCUGUCGCUCCGGCCCUGGCCUCCACCUGUUCGUCCGCCAGGGUCGCCUGCCCCUCGCCACGACCAAGCCCAGAGGCUAGAACACCUCUUGCUCUAGCAUCCCCAGGGCCUGGGGACCCCACCUCUCCCCUCUGGCACACUGCUCUCCACGGAACUCCAGAGCCUCCAGGAGGUCCCCCAGCAAGCCCCACCAGAGAGAUGCCAAAAGGAGCCCAGGAGGAACCUGGAACGCCUUGCCCCCAGGAGGUGGCUGGGGCAGCUCUGCUGGGAGCCUCAGAGGAGAGGAGGGCCAGCGAGCCAACCAUGGGUGAGGGAAGCCCUGGCCCUGCGGCUCCCUGCCGGGCCAUGCAGGAGGCUGAGUGGACCACAGGAGAGGCCAGCCCCACGGUGUGCCCCAGCCAGAAGGCGCCAAGUACCGAGGCCUGCCAUGGAUCCGACCCUGGGCUAAGAGCCCGGGCUGAGAGGGAAGACACAGCAGAGCUUGGGGUUCGUCUGGUAAACCCUCUUGUGGAUCAUGGCCGCAACUCGGACCUGUCAGACAUCCAGGAAGAGGAAGAGGAGGAGGAGGAGGAAGAGGAUCUGGCUUCCAGGACUUGCUUGUUCCAGAAGCAGGUUGCGGGCAGCAGCAUCAGGGAGAGUGGGGCCAAGCCCCAGCCCGACCCCUUUUGUGAGACUGACAGCGACGAGGAAAUCUUGGAGCAGAUCUUGGAGUUGCCCCUCCAGCAGUUUUGCAGCAAGAAGCUCUUUAGCAUCCCCGAGGAGGAGGAAGAGGAGGACGAAGAAGACAGUGAGGAGCAGGAGAAGCCAGGGGCAGGCUGUUCUUCCCAAGACCCCAGUCCACCGGAACCUGCAUCGCUGGGGCUGGGCUGUGACAGCGGUCAGCCCCCGGGACUGGGCCUGUGUCCCCUGUCUCCUGAGCCCUCCAGGGCCAGGGACCCCCUGGAGGAUGUGCCUGGACUAGCUGGUGGAAGCAGCCGGAGGAGAGGCGGUGGCUCCCCUGAGAAGCCCCCAAACCGCAGGCGGCCUCCAGAUCCCCGAGAACACUGCAGUCGGCUUCUCAGCAAUGGCGGCCCCCAGGCCUCUACACGGCCGGCCCCCUUGCGGGACAGGAGUGGCCUCCCUGUGAUUGAGGGCACCAGGGGUGGACUAGAGUCUAGUGGGAAAGCACGGCCGGGCACUUCCCGCAGAUACGCCCGUGGCCGAGCCCCAGAGUCAGGCCUGGCCAGCUGCCUGUACCCCAAGGGCUUGGAAAUCAGCAUUGAAUAUGACUCUGAGGAUGAGCAGGAUGUGGGCAGCGGGGGCAUCAGCAUCACCAGCUCCUGCUACCCUACAGAUGGGGAGCCCUGGGGCACGGCGCCUCUAGGAAGGCCGAGGGGGCCUCUGAAAGUCAAUUCAGGGCCUAACCACUACCCACACCUCCCAGCCUGGGAGAAAGGGGAGCCAGAGAGGAGAGGCCGCAGCACGACCAGCAGAGCCGAGGAGCCACCCUCCCGGGCAGCAGAGGAGACUGGGGAGGCCAGAGGGCCGGGCAGCUGUGGGCGGAAGGGCCCUCACAGGAGAGGGACCCGGGCGCCCAGGCCAGGCACCGCCGAGCUGGCCCCUCCAAGGAGCCCUCCAGAAACACUGGCUCACCAGGACUUACCUGUCAGGGUCUUCGUGGCUCUGUUUGACUAUGACCCCGUGUCAAUGUCGCCUAACCCUGAUGCUGGAGAGGAGGAGCUCCCUUUUCGAGAAGGCCAGAUUUUGAAGGUGUUUGGGGACAAGGAUGCAGACGGCUUCUAUAGGGGGGAAAGCGGAGGCCAGACCGGCUACAUCCCCUGCAACAUGGUGGCUGAGGUGGCUGUGGACAGUCCCGCGGGGAGGCAGCAGCUGUUCCAGCGGGGUUAUUUGUCUCCCGAUACUGUCACUGAGGGCACAGGGAGCAGUCCCUUUGUGUACUCCGAAGCCCACACCACUGGGCCUCCCCCGAAGCCCCGCCGCUCCAAGAAAGCGGAGCUGGAAGGCCCUGUUCAGCUCUGCCCAGGUCCCCCAGAGCCGGUUGCCUCUGCUGCCCUGAAAGCUCCCCACCCCAUGGUAGCUGCAUUUGACUACAACCCCCGGGAGAACUCCCCCAAUAUGGAUGUGGAGGCGGAGCUGUCCUUCCGGGCAGGGGACGUCAUUACUGUGUUUGGCAGCAUGGAUGACGAUGGUUUCUACUAUGGGGAACUGAAUGGACAAAGGGGACUGGUUCCAUCCAACUUUCUGGAGGGCCCCAGGCCUGAAGUAGGCAGCCCCAGCAGGGAGCUCACGACGCCCCAGGCGGAGAGUCAAGACUGGGUUGGCACAGGAGGACCCGCAGUGCCCCCAGGCUGGCACUGCAUCUCCAGCCCUGGAAGCCUCCCUAGGGCCGAACUCGGGGAGCCACAGGGCACAGUUGAAAAGGUGCGGGGUCUCCUGUCCAAGGGGAAGCAGCUCCUCAGGAAGCUGGGCUCUGGGAAGAAGGAGUGAAGCUGUGGCCCAUCCCUCAGGGAGAAGUGGCCCCUGAGGAUGCCCAGAUCACUGCUGUAGCUGGACAGAGAGGCCCCGACGGCCCAGAACUCCUGUUUUCUGAGUUAACACUGUGGCGCUUGGAUGGGAAUCAAAGAGAGUUGGUGAAGGCGGGAGGCUAGGUGGGCCCCGAAGGUUGCAUCACUAGCUGGGCCCUUCCCCUUGUAGGAGGGAGCCUGAGCCCCAUAGUGAGUAACCUGACUGAGGUUGCCGAGCACCCAGUGAGACCAGGACUGGAGUCAGGACUCUUGACUCCCAGUCCGCCCACCUAGUCUAAUCCUAGUUUCCCGCCAGGCUGUGCGGGUCCCUUCUUUGGCCCUCCCUACACCCAGGACAGGACCCUGAGGGGAGAAGGGCCUGUUCCCCCUGGUGGCUCUGGCUGUCCUGAUCGCGUCUUCCCUCCCCUGAAGGAAAGUUUGCACUGGAGUCCCCUGAGGGCAGCGGAGCCGUGUAUAUAUGUACAUACUCAGUGCCUCAGUCCAGCCCCUCCAUCCCGCCUCCACCGCACAGCACCGGCCGGGAGGGAGGAGGGCCACGCCAGAGCCGGCCCGACCCCGCCCCACCGUGCUCCACCCCUCCCUGCCCUGCCACGUGGCCCCAGUGUCACCCCCCACGAAACCCAGGGGACCAAGGGGGCAGAAGGCAGGAGUUGGGUUUGCCUUAUUUUGCUCAUUGGAUUCAACUUCUCUUUUGCAUUGUUUUCUUCUGACCCCUGUGGGAGUCCAGGGACCGAGGAUAAGGACAGAUUUAUGCAGCUAUUUUCAUACAUUCCCUGUUCAGAGUGGGUAGGAGCUGCUCCACCCUUACCGAGCCACCCACCUGUCACCCUGGCUGGGCGAGUGUCUCUGCAUGUUUCCUUUGCUGUGGUGGGAGAUGGUUUGACCGAACCCCCACCUCCACCUUGGUCUCCAGGAGUGUGGAAUGGUGGAGGCAUUUGUUUAAAAAGACAUUUUAUUAUAAUAAAGUCUAUUUUCACAAAA